GGAAGCAGCUAGGAAAGCACAAAAGGAAUGUGGUUUGCUUGAAUAGAGGACUUAACAUUUGAAGUUCUGCUACUAGGGAGUGUGCAUGCCUGUGUUCUAAAACCUCACCACCUGACCUACCAGUGAAAGGGGAUGUAGCAGCGUUUCUGCUGGGAAGCUCUUGGUUGUUGUAGUAUUACACUGGAGGGAGCUUGGCCAGCCUUCCUCGCAUGUCACUGUGAAAGUUUGGCGUUGCGGGGGAGGGUGCAGUGCACAGAGUAUAUUCACAUCUGCUCCAGGAAUCUCAGCAGCAGAGCAAGGCAAACCCGAACUAAGAAAAGGCUCUAUGUCAUUGGCUCUCUGAAGUGGUGUCCUCGGUCAGAGAUGGUGAACAGAUGGGAUUUCUGCAUGCUCUUCUCAAUGGUGUUGCUUUCUACCCAGGCUUUCCCACAGACAAACAUUAAAAUCAGUCAAGCUAUGCCAGAGCCAAUUCAAUCCUAUUCCUGCCCACUGUUCUGGACGGAAUAUGAAGGGUACUGCUACAGAUAUUUUCCUAUCAAUAAAACAUGGGCAGAAGCUGACCUCUACUGUGCUGAAUUUUCCAGUGGCAUAAAAUCAGCCAAAUUAGCAUCAAUUCACAGUUGGGCAGAGAAUGUCUUUGUUUAUGACCUGGUUAACAGCCGAGUGCCUGGAAUACCCACUGAUAUCUGGAUGGGACUUCAUGACCUAAGACAGGAAGGCCACUUUGAAUGGACAGAUGGUUCUUCCUAUGAUUACAACUACUGGGAUGGCAACCAGCCAGAUGAUGGGAUCCACUCUAUUCCCGAGAAGGAGGACUGUGUGCAGAUCUGGUACAGAUACAACAGUGCUUUACGAUCCUGGAAUGAUAACAGCUGCAACAGAGAGUUUCCAUUUGUCUGCAAGAUUCCAUCACUGGCAAUCGAUUAGCUCACUCCCACAAUAACAAACAGCAGCAACUAAGUUACUGGAACAAAGUCAGUCUGAACAGAGACAAUGUUAGUAGCUCAGAUAACUAGUUAUAUGUCUGAUGGCAGCAACACCACCUAGAAAAUACCUUAACUGACUCUUUUCUUUGUUCAAGCUAUGGCUGACCAAAGAACAUUGGAGAACAGUCAAGCCAGUACAUUUUCCAUGGUCUAGGAACAAUUUUAGUGUUGCAGCCCCAUCCAGACCUCCAUGUGACUCAAAAAUAAUUUCUUAACCUACAUGUAUAAUUAAAUAGAUGAAAAGAAUCAAGACGGUGAGAAAAUCUAAUUCUACGGUACUCAUCCUCCAGAAAUGAGUCUUGCUGCCCUCUGUAGGAGUUUUGUGUGACAAAAGACUGUCAGACUGGUUCUAGGAUUUGGAAAUCUCUCUAGAAUCCUGAGGAGCAGGACAAAAUCCUUUUUGCCAUUGCAAACUAGAGUUCGUUACUACAGAAGACACAUUCUGCAUUGUUUCUGAACUUGGAAGUCAGAAUGGAGUCCAACUAAAAGCAUCAGUCAGAUCUGACUUAUAGUGCAUGAUUUUGAAUGAAUAUUCUUCAUAAGUUAUAUCAGUGAUGCUACCAAAUCUAUACUGUUUUGUACAAAUAAAGCAGUUUAAGAGAAAUAUCAAA